AUGAGUCUGUUUGCUGUCACCUCAUCACAGCUCAACUACCUGGCAUAUGUCUUCGGGCUGGCCUGUGGCAUCUGCCCGGCUUCAGGCGAGAUUGCUAUUGAUGCACGUUUUUUGGAGUAUUUUGAGGGUGCAGAAGCUAUGCUGUUACUCUCGGGAUUCCCUCCCAGUGCCACCGAAGUCAGCUGGUACCGUGACACCAAAGUCUCUGAGCCAAACCUCAUCUUGAGCCAUCUUCCACCCUCCAAUAUCUGGCAUAAAGGUCCCCGAUUCAGUGGCCGGGAGAAUAUCACAGAGGGCAGCCUGCUCUUCAGCUGGGUCAAAAUCCAUGACACGGGGAACUACACGGUGAAGGUGACCAGCCCAAAUGGGGACCAAACAGCCACAGCCUUGCUGCGCGUCGGAGAGUAUUUCACCACUCCUGUUCUCACAGUCAACACCAGCUCAGCUGUAGAGCUCUUGGAUGUCGUUGGUGCCAGCUGCAACACCAAUGCCACCAAAAUUGAGUGGCACUUGUCAGACAGACCGGUGGUCAGUAACGAUCGAAUGACGCUUUCCCCAGACAACCGGACCCUCGUCAUCCAUAGGAUCAGUCGCUCUGACACAUGGCUUGACUGUGUGGCAUCAAACUCUUUAGACAUGACUAAAAAGGGUUUUGCCAGCCUGUCUGUAGCCUGUGAGUAUUCUGAGGCUGUGGAAGUGAAGGCCGAGAAGACCUGGGGACUGGAGCACUCAGGCGGGCAGAAUGGUCCCGACUCUUUGAGCUUCUUGAGCCAACCUUAUAACUAUGAAGGAGUCGUGACAGCAGACAUAGGCUCUCUGGUGAACAUAGAAUGUAUGUCCUACUCGGUGCCAGCUCCCACGUACCGUUGGACCCACUACAACACGCCCCUGAACGUCUCGGGGCAAAAGGUGACCAUCCGAAAUCUGACCGAGAAGCAGCUGGGCCGAUACCGGUGCACGGUGCAGAACUCCAGGACCCAGAUAACCAUCUACAAGGACGUAUGGAUCAAUAAACCCCGGUAUGUUCCUGAUACUAAAGUUUUACAUCUCGGGAAGCCUGUGGUGGUGGUGCUCAUUAUGUUGGCUGUCCUGGGUGGCCUCUCACUCUGUGGAAUGCUGAUCUUCAUCCUGAUUGGCCAAUGCUCCAACAGAGCCAGCGCGCAGAUUCACGACAUUGCGCACGCGCCGAUUCACGCGAGCGUCGACUGCGCAUAUGCAGAUCACCAACCGCACUACGAAGGGUAA